UUUGCUUGCUGCGAAAUUCGAACCCGUCGUCUGCGUGCGCUGCAGUGCCAGUGUGUUUCCACGAUUAGUAACCACUUUGCUAGGGGUUAAGAUUAAAGCACUUAUAAAGACCUAACAUUUUCUUUAAUAUCGACAAAUAAGUAAUAAGUAGUCAUUAUGUGUUUCCCUAUGGAAUGUUUAUCAAUUGUGCCAUUACUUUGGCUGAUAACGAUGCCCCUCUUUGGGUCAUUUUGUGGGCCGGAGGUUGUGCUUAGAUUGUCCUUGAUGAUGAUGUUACACACACUAAUUGGCGCUGCUUUGCCAGGUGUAUUGGUGUCGCUCAUACCGUUCUUUCAAACAGCACUGUUCUGCAUCAUACUAGCCUUGCCCAUCACUGUAGUACCCUACCUGUUCCUGUGGGUCUACGAUAAGCUAAUCUGGCUGUCAGAGCCAGUCUUCCUGACUAUUGAGGCCGUGGAGUUGGUCCGGGUGUCAGUCAGGACCAGCAGUCGCAUGGCCGAGCAGAUUGAGGAACAGCCACUCCUCAUGAAGUCUUUGAUACUUGGUGCAGCUGGGAUAAGCUACUUACUCUCUGUCAUCAUCGGUUACGCUCUUUUAUCUUCAAGCACACCAGCUGUCAGGUGGAUACUUGCUGCUCUUGUAGUCGUAUCUGUUGUGUUGCUGCUGCUAACAUUAAUGAAAGAAGAGGGCAUCAUAUCAGACUGCGGGAUAGCCACGCUGGCCAUGUUCUCCAUCCUGUGGGCCAUGCAGCAGGAAUCCAACAUGAUGGCUCAUCCCAUGAAGGUGCCCGAGGAGUGGAUCAAUGGCAAUAUUCAUGAGGAAUUUGUGUCUUUCGAACAUCCUACACGGAUUGGCAUCAGUGCCAGCUCUGAUGAGAAGUCAUUUCUGCAGCUGCUACUGUCGAUGGCAACAAUGGGUUUUGCUCGUGUGACCCUGGCCUUUUCAUUCUUGCGUAACCUCUUUUCUGCAUCUUUUCUACUCCUGGUGGCCAUUCGCGUCCUGAGCGUCAUUCACGUUGCCUCCCUGGUCGCCAGACGCAUCACAGAGCAGUCAGAUGACUAUGAUGAUUCCAGUGAUGAGAUGCCCCCUUCUGCCUGGCACUCCCCCUGCAUGGUCAAGCUGGCCCUGAUCUUUGUCUACACCCAGCUUGUGGUCUACAACAUAGAGGUGUCCACCAAGCCCCUCUCCUACACGGCCAGCGGGCCCAUCAUGGAGGUGGCCACCAAGGGCCUGGUGCAGAAGGUAGGCGUGUCCCGGCUGGUCCAGCUCUGCGUCCUGAUUGGUACGUACGUCUACAGGCUCUACCACCCAGACGAGUUUGUCUUUGACUACUGAUGACAGCCAACCUUUAAGCGGGAUUCUGGCAGUGUUGUUAACUCAGCGAUGUCAGUGUCUGUGGAAUAGUGGUUUUUGGACUCCAAUCCGGUUCUGGCUGAGUUCGUCACAGUUCAGAACCUGGUUCCAACCUAGUUCCAGUGAAGAAAUUCCUCAUUAGUUUAAACCCAUGCCCGUACAAAUCACUUGGUUGAAUGCUGGAAUGACAUUCCACAGGUUUGGGGUUCAAAUCCAGUUACAAUGAAAAUUUGUGUAAUGGUUUUAACUCAAAUCAAUACAUAUGGUCGCAUGUUUGGAAAUGAUAUUCCAUAGGUUCUGCUUCCAAAGCCAGUUUCUCUAACAACAGACAAAAACUGUGUAGUUUUUACUCGGUCUGUCAUGCACAACUCAGUUGGUCCAACACUGAAAUGGUAAGUGGAAUUCUCAUGGAGUCUCAUUGUGCAAGUCUACCUCGGGCAGCAUCUCUUUCUGGUCUUUACUUGCGUAUUCAUUUUACAAUGCCUACUGCCAGAAUUUUUUGAGUUUACACUCAACCUUGAGAUGAUGUGCUUGGUAGAUAACUCUACUGAUAAUCAGCAUUAGUAACAUUGUCAAACUUUAAGUGACCGGGUCUGUUGAUUGGCAGAGGGCUUGAACAUUUUUACCACAAGCCUACGCUGUGUGACCCUUUUUUCUUAUAGACAUUUUCUGCUGUGGCAGCGUUGAGCUCCAUCACUGUCUGGGUUGACUGUUUUAAGUGGUCACCCAGGGCUCACACAAAGUCUGUAGUUAAACGGAAGUUGGUCAAGCAUGCUCCAGAACCUAUGUGCGCAUCCUUUCAACGCAAGCAGUGUGUCAGCCCAGUAGGGUGGUGUUGCCAUAUAGAAACUUUAAGCACCCUCCCUUCACUGACGGGCACCACCUGGUGGAGACACAAGUUCUUUGGCCUAGUGUGCUAGUUACGAAUAGCAACAAGGGUACCAGGGGCGGAUCCAAGGGGGCGCAGCCUUACCCUCUUUUCACCGAACAAUAAAGAAGUGAAGAAAAGGAGGAAGAGGGGAAGAAAAUAGAGGGAGGAACUCAGCCUCAUAAAUGUGACAAAAAUGUGACAAAAAAAACAAAGAAACAGUUCUGUUUCCAGUUACCCAAGCUCCCUGAUUUUACAGCCGUGGCCCUAACAUUUGAGUUUGUGCCCUCCCCUUUGGCAAAUCCUGGAGCCGCCCCCAGGGUGCCCUCACUGUGACAUCGUGGUGGGCCACAAAAACUGCCCAACCAUGCAUGUUUGCAUUACAACUGAAUGCACACAGUUCGUGCGAACAAAAUGUGAAAAAUAGUUUUCCCAAAUGCAUUGUUGUUUGGCUUUAAAUUCAUUCAUUUUUUUAUCAAUUUCCCCCCAAAGCUUUCUGACAUUGUGAUACAUAAUGGCUGCCUGUGGUAAAGGAAACUUACCCCUUGAAUAACCAUUCUUGUUCAGGUUUAUGCCAUGUUCUAGGUAUCACCACGGUCAUUCAUUGUGUACUCUUUGUCCGUGCUCAUGGUUUCCUGUCAUAUCUUAAACGGUGUCCAUACAGUUCACAGAGGAUAUUUUCAUUUAUUUAUUUUUUUUUUUUUACACCUCUGAUUGACAAACAGUAAGCUGUUUUGAUGAUAAGUCAUUUGUGGUUGCUCGUCUAGUUACUUCUACAACUAUUUCUUGACUAGUAAAGUGGCAUUUCAACCAUGAAAUAGAUAAAUACCAAAAAAGGAACUUGUGUUUUAUAGCUUUCAAUUAAAUCACUGCUUGUAGAGUGCCUAACAAACAUUUACCUUAAUUACGUUCUUUUAUCCAAUAAAACAAUUCACAGGCCUAAGUUGAUACAUGUAAGUACAUGUGAUGAACAUUUCGUCCAGGCACAACUUUGAAUUUUACUAUUCCUUGGAUCACUUUAAAGAGGCACAAAUUUAUGUUUGACAUCUAAUGUUGGUGAAACAUUGUCUGACAUUUGUUCGUGAGACGACGCUGGUGUUUUUUGUCUAAAUCACACAUUUGGAUCUGUACAUUGAGGGUUUCGAUGGAGUGAGAGCUCAAGUCAGGUUGGGGUUAAACAUCUUGUUUCAUUUUGCUUGGGACUCAGGUAAAUAUCCAUUACACCUUGAACUUCUUUGCCCCAUGAUUGAUCUGUACCCACCCAUAACACUUGUCAAGUUGUAACAAGUAGUUGCACAAAACACAGGGUAUUGUGGCUUGGAGCCCAACACAAGUGGGUCUGUGCACUAUUUCACCCUUGAAGUCACAAAGUAUACAUUGCUUUCAAACGAUGAAUGGUGUUUCUUGUUCAUCAAAAAGUAACACUUGGGCUGUGACUGGAAAAAAUCUCCUUGAAGCAGUUUAUCCCUUGGGAGGAGGACCUCUCAUCACUGCCCAUCCAUCAUUUGGAGCUCAUCAUGGCUUUUGGUUCGUACUUUGUGCAGAUGCACCUGUGAAUACAAAUUUGUGAUGUCACUAUAAAUAUUCAUGCCAAACAUAAUUCAACCUUGUUGAAUUUCCUAGCAUUUGUUUUAUGAUUUCAGAUUUACAGUCACAUUCAAAUUCAUCUUAUGAAUAGUUCAGAAGGACCAUAGUUAGUAACUCUGUCACCACCAAAGACUUUGCAAAGAUUGGUUGUUGAUUUUAUGAUUUUGUUGAAUUCUACAAGUUUGGUUUCACUAAUCAAAUAUUUGUAACCUAUGUUGCAUGUUUAUUGCACAUUUGUAAAUAUUUGAAAAUCUAUUUUCCAAAAGUGCAGCAGCAUUUAUAAUGGUUAUCUCAGAGUGGAAGAAAGUUGAUAGAAUUAUUUAAAUUACGCAUCAGUAUAAUCAACUCAUUGAGGGAUACGCCCUCCAAUUUGGUCCUUGUUAUAAUGGUAUGUUAUUUUUGAAGAGUUUAAUCAUUAUUAAUUAAAGUAUAUUUUGGAAUUAA